UUUGCCUCUGCAGAUCCAAGCUGUCUCUCUCUCUCUCUCUCUCUCCUCCUAUGUGUUUCUCUCUCUAGAAAAAAAAAAUUAAGAAUCAAUCCAAAUCUAUAAACAACUCCUUCUAUACAUCACCAUAAUCAUCAAACAGGAAAGAAUUUUGCAUCUUCUUUUUCUAUAUAUCGUAUUCCUUUUUGUUUUUCAAAUUCCAUUUGGAAACCUCGGUUUCUAUAUCUCAAUUAUCACAGGCACGUUUCAGCUUUGUUGUAUAAUUUAGGAUUUUUUUUUUGUUUUUUGGUUUGAUUUUACUCGAUUUCUUCAUCAAAUCGUCGUAUCUCACAGCUUGGGUAGAUCAGCGGCUGUAUUUUUGUGAUUUACAUAUCUACAGUUAUUGAUUUAGGGUUUGGAAAUUAGAAAAUCGAAGGAAAAAAAAAAGUCAAAAUGUUUUCAGAAUUCUGAUUUUUUUACCCGGGGAAUGCUAUAUCUGAAGCAACCUAUGGUGGCGAUAACGGGGUUUAGAAGUUUGGAUAUAGAGUAAACCCGAAUUUUGGAUUAAAAUUGAAUGCCAGAGUGAUUGAUUCCCGAGCCAAGGCUCGGGGAUCGUUAAGAAAUAAUCGAAAGCAAUGGCGGAUGUGUUGGAAAAUGGUCAGCAACAACAGUGUGAAGUUCAGCCUGAUUCUCCACUUUCCCUUCCUCCUUUGCCGCCUCCCGAGGGGUUUAUGCAGAAAUUCAGACUCUACGAGACUCAAUCGAACUUUUAUAUGGUAGGAAGGGACAAAAGUAGAACAUUCUGGAAGAUUUUGAAAAUUGACAGGUUGGAACAGUCAGAGCUUAACAUUCGUGAAGAUUCUACCACAUAUACUGCAAGGGAGUGCUCUGAUCUACUGAGAAGGAUACAUGAAGGGAACAGGGGAACAGGAGGACUAAAAUUUGUUACUACUUGUUAUGGCAUUGUUGGAUUCAUUAAAUUUCUAGGGCCUUAUUACAUGUUGCUCAUUACAAAGAGGAGGCAGAUUGGUGCAAUCUGUGGUCACAAUGUAUAUGCUAUCUCCAAAAGUGAGAUAAUUCCCCUGCCAAAUUCAGCAGUUAGAUCCAGCAUGGUUGACUAUAAGAAGGAGGACAGAUACAAGAAGCUCUUGUGCAUGGUGGAUCUUACAAAGGACUUCUACUUUAGUUACUCCUACCAUGUGAUGAGAAGUCUCCAGAGAAACAUGUCUGAGAACGAGACAGGGCAAGUCUUGUACGAGACUAUGUUUGUCUGGAAUGAGUUUCUUACUCGCGGAAUACGAAACAUUCUUCAAAAUACUAUAUGGACCGUCGCUUUGGUCUAUGGAUUUUUUAAGCAGGCUAAACUUUCUAUAUCAGGAAAGGAUCUCAAGCUGACUCUAAUUGCUAGGCGUUCACGACAUUAUGCUGGUACCAGGUAUCUGAAACGAGGUGUCAAUGAGACGGGCAGAGUGGCAAAUGAUGUUGAGACUGAACAGAUUUUGGUUGAGGAUGUUUCUGAAGGACUACCCAUGCAAAUUAGUUCUGUGGUCCAAAAUCGUGGUUCAAUACCACUGUUCUGGUCACAGGAGACCUCCCGCCUAAAUAUUAAGCCAGAUAUCAUAUUGUCAAGGAGAGACCAAACAUAUGAGGCUACCAGACUUCAUUUUGAAAAUCUUGCCAGUAGAUAUGGGAAUCCUAUUAUUAUAUUAAAUUUGAUUAAGACAAAUGAAAAGAAGCCUCGAGAAUCCAUUCUACGUGCGGAGUUCGCUAAUGCUAUUGAAGUUAUCAAUAAAGAUCUAUCUGAAGAGAACCGGCUUAAAUUUCUUCACUGGGAUUUGCAUAAACAUUCUCGCAGUAAAGCUACAAAUGUUUUACUACAAUUGAGAAAGGUGGCUGCAUACGCUUUGACGCUGACAGAGUUCUUCUAUUAUCAAGCCACACCCGAGAUGCUAUCAGAGGGGCAUCUUAAAUGGCCCAGUUUUGAGAAUUUUGUUGUUCCUGGCAUAUCCACCUCAACAUCUUCUCGCACUGAAAGUGAGAAGCAUAAUGAUGACGAGACUGAGGAUUCAGAUAACUCAGAUAGAAAAUUUAGUGGAGGCAAUAGCAUCGGUAUCACUAAUCCUUCUGUUAAGCCACUAAAGAUCCAAAAGGGAGUGCUUCGGACUAAUUGCAUAGAUUGUUUGGAUCGGACUAAUGUUGCGCAAUAUGCAUAUGGUUUGUCUGCUUUAGGGCAUCAGCUUUGUGCCUUAGGAGUAACAACCUCGGAGAAGAUGGACCUUGAUGAUCCUUUGGCUGAGGAGUUGAUGGGCUUUUAUGAGAGAAUGGGUGAUACUCUUGCACACCAGUAUGGUGGAUCUGCUGCUCACAACAAGAUAUUUUCUGAGAGAAGAGGCCAGUGGAAAGCAGCAACACAGUCCCAAGAAUUUUUUCGUACUCUGCAGAGAUAUUACAGCAAUGCUUACAUGGACACCCAGAAACAAAAUGCGAUUAAUGUAUUCUUAGGGCAUUUUCAACCUCAACCAGAUAAACCCGACAUCUGGGAGCUUGACCCAUACGAGCAUUACAACGUCGGAAGAAAUGGACAAUCAAUUCUUGAUGACAAUGGAAGGUCGUUUUUCAAAAGAUCAUGGUCAGAUGGGAACAUUCUUCGUGAAAGUCACUCACCCACAUCUAAGCCAAAAGUCAAUAAAGCUUUUCCCAGUGCUGAUUUUUCUAAUGAGUCUAAACAAGGAAGCAGAAUUAUUUCCGAGUCAACACCAUCAAUACCUACUUCAGAAAGCGAGUUGGCAAGUUCAAGAUGUAAUCCAGUGUCCUCUGGGGAUCUUUUUGCGGAAAUGCGGAGAGUUAGAUACCUCGAAACUGAAAAUGGGGAUGUAGUUAACUGUUCAAACUUCGUUGACUGCUCAAACUUCGUUGACCUAGAUUGGCUCUCUUCCGCUGGAAAUUCUUGCGAAGACGAGCUGUUGGAUAGGUCUAUGCUGACAAUCUCUCCAACUGCUAUGCUCUCGUCUGAAAAUGUCGUCAACGAACUGGCUGGGGAAACAACACCAUCCACCAGUGAAUGUGGAUCUAGCUCAAGGGGAAGGGAGGCCACUGGAACUGACAUGGGCUAUGGUGAAUCCCCAAAUUACGAAGUUCUUGAAGAUUUCUCAGAUAGUUUUGUGCGAUGGGUGACAUAUGGUGAAACAAUCUGUCAUUGAGGAAAUUUAUCAUCGUCUCCGAAAACUUUCUAUCAUUGGACUUCAGAUCCUCUUUAUGGCCCCGUUUAGGGAAAUGUGGCCGUUGAUAAAGAUAAGUGUACCAGCAUUUUAGGGCAACCUCGUUUCUGUCAUAUGAUUCGCAACAGUUCUACCGUAGAAGCCUCGGUCAAGCCAUGAUAACGUAGCUUUUAAUGAGUAAAUAGACUACAGUUUUAUGAUUCUUUAUGGAGGUCGUAUUUUCCUUUCCCAGUUUCUUCCCUUUUUUUUUUCGUUUUUGUUUUUUACUUUCACUGUUUGGAAAAUUUAGCCGUUUUAAAAUUUCUGUGUCACCUAGUUGAUGGAUGCGAUGGGGGUCCGAUAUGUGUAUAUAUAUAUAAACAACUCCAGGAGCUCCAGGCUUGUAGCUCUAGGCAUUGAUUCUUUACAUUUGUUUGUGUUUUUCUUUUUCACUUUCAACUUCACCAGAACAAUUAUGGUUUGCCAAUAAGUUUCUGAAUAUUAAAUAUUAGUGUUAUAUGUGACGUUAUAUCUUUUUGCAUUUUGAGAGUAAAAAAUCGUUUGAUUGCGGA